AAAGAUGGCAGGUGCCAAAUCCGCGUCGGUGUUGUGUCUGGAUGUUGGGUUCUCCAUGUCCAACUCAGCCCCGGGGGAGGAGCCUCAUUUUGAACUUGCCAAAAAAGUCAUUCAGAAGUUUGUCCAGCGCCAGGUUUUUGCAGAGACCAAGGACGAACUGGCUUUAGUUCUGUUUGGCACAGACUCCACCAAGAACUCACUGGACCAGGACGGCCAGUACCAGAACAUCACGGUGCAUCGUCACCUUAUGAUACCGGAUUUCGAGCUUCUGGAGGAAAUAGAGAAUCAGGUCCACCCAGAGAAUCAGCAGGCUGAUUGGCUGGAUGCUCUUGUUGUGUGCAUGGAUCUCCUGCAGACAGAAACAGAGGGUAAGAAGUAUGAUCGUCUCAACAUUUCCCUCCUGACUGACCUCAACACUCGGGCCAGCUCAGAGCAGAUAGACGUUAUCAUUGAAAACUUGAAACAAGCUGGCAUCACCCUGCAGUUUUUCUUGCCUUUCCCUGUCGAGGAUGAUGAAGAGAGUGGACGAGAUGCGGGCAGAGGAAGCCCAGGUCACCCGGGCAUGGGCAAAGGUCUGUCCGACGAACAGAAGAGCAGCGUCGACAUUGUGAAACACAUCAUGCUAAACCUCGAUGAGGAGAACGGCCUGGAUGAAGUUUACUCCUUCAGGAAUGCAAUUGAGCAGCUGUGCAUGUUCAAGCGUAUCGAGAGGAAACCCAUGGCCUGGCCCUGUCAGCUGACCAUCGGCAGCUGUCUGCCCAUCCGCAUUAUUGGAUACAAAGCAGUGACAGAAGAGAGACUUAAGAAAUCGUGGACUACAAUUGAUGCUCAAUCCAACAAGAAAGACGACGUGAAGAGGGAGACUGUCUAUUGUCUGGAUGAUGACAAUGAGACAGAGGUGCAGAAGGAUGAUACCAUCCAAGGUUUUCGUUAUGGAAGUGAUAUUGUUCCCUUCUCCAAAGUAGAUCAAGAACAGAUGAAAUACAAGCACGAUGGGAAGUGCUUUGCUGUCCUUGGCUUCACCAAACAGAACACGAUACGUCGCCAUCAUUUCAUGGGGACUCAAGUCAUCAAGGUGUUUUCUGCCAAGGAUGAUGAGCAUGCAGGAGUUGCGCUGUCCGCUCUCAUCCGAGCGUUGGAUGAACUCGACAUGGUGGCCAUUGUACGUUACGCCUAUGACCGGCGCAGCAACCCUCAAGUGGGAGCAGCCUUCCCCUGCAUCAAGAAGGACCAUGAGUGUCUGAUCUACGUCCAGCUGCCUUUCAUGGAAGACCUCAGACAUUUUUCAUUUCCUUCUCUUGAAAACAACAAAAAGUUCACUCCGUCGGACGCUCAGCUGUCUGCUGUGGACUCUCUCAUUGACUCCAUGAUGUUGUCAGAAGAGAAUGAUAAUGGAGAGCAAGAGGACAUGUUCAAGGUCCACCACAUUCCCAACCCUGCCUUUCAGAGACACUUCCAGUGUCUGCAUCAUCGGGCUGUGAGCCCCGGCACCCCUCUUCCCCCCAUGGAGGCAUGGCUGAAGGCUGCUCUUGAAUGCCCUGAGGUCAUUGCUGAACGUUGCCAGGGACCACUCGAGGAGGUGAAGAGGAAGUUUCCUCUCACAGAAGUGGAGAAGAAAAAGAAGCUGAAGACGAGUGCACAGAUUUUUGGCAAAGACUCUGGGGAGCCAGAUGCCAAGAUGGCAAAAGGAGACGAAGAGGAAGAUUAUAACCUGGCUGACAUUGCCGAAGGCUCAGUUACUUCGGUGGGAAGCGUGGCUCCAACAAAAGACUUCCGGACUCUGAUCAAGAAGAAGUGUCUUCCAUUCGGAGAGGUCUGUCAGCAACUGAUUUGCAGGCUGGAGCAGUUGCUUAGCAACAAGAACACAUCGUACUUCAUGAAAAGCAUCACCUGUAUCCUGGCUUUUAGAGAGCAGUCUGUUGAGCUCGGGGAUGCCAAUCUGUACAAUGGCUACCUGCGGUCCCUGAAGAAGAGCAUCCCAAACAGAGGGCUGGAGGUCUUCUGGGACCUGCUUGUUCAAGAUGCUGUAACUCUGAUCAGCAAGGACGAGGUUAAAGGAAGCAGUGUAUCCAAAACCGAAGCUGAUCAGUUUCUGGUUACUGAGGAGAAGAUAAAGGAGGCAGCUGCACCACCAGCUGAUACUGGAGAUGUUGAUGACUUGCUGGACAUGAUGUAACAGUGGAAGCACGGGGAGCAUCUGCAGUGGAAGAAUGGAAUCAUUCAGCUCGGCCAGACCAAACUAUUUCAGCCAGCCAUUGUUCUACCUCCCACUUUUGGACCCAUGACACUUCUCUCACUGAGUAACUGCAUACAUACUGCAUAGACCAAUGUUUAAUUUAGCUACAUUUUAUACCCGUACUGCAUGAAAUACUUUGUUGAGGGCUUUAGGUGUGUUUUGUCUUAAAUGUCAAAAUGAUUACAAAAAUUAUCCUGUUCUAAUUCCAUGGGAAUUUUCAGUAAUGUUGGAAGUGAGUAAUUUAAAUCAUAAGAUGUAUGUGUAUGAGUGAAAAAUCCUUUGUCAUUUUACACAAGACAUCACUGCCAUGUUCAAGAAACUGCAGGUUUAUUAUCUUAACGCUUAAUGCUCAACUUGUACUUUGAUUUGUAUAACAAAACAUGAUAAAUAAAUACAGUUUCCUGACAAAUGUAGAAAA